AGGUCUUGGGGGAGGCUGGAGGCCAGGGGUGCAAAGUGGAGGGCCCCUGGCGGCCCCCAGCAGAUGCCCGGCGACUCACCCAUCGCCCGUCCCCGAAAGCACACCAGAUCCAACUAAGCAACUAACUUAACGCGCCAGUCAGGAGGGGACCCUGUUGCUCCAGGCCAAUGCAGUUGCUGCCUGCUUCCCUCUUACAUCUGAAGCGGCCGCUCUUCCCCCAGGGUCCUCCUCCUACUCAUGACAUGUCCACAUCCCUCUUUUAAAGUACCUCUCUUUCCCUCAUCCGUGCUGCCAUUAUUUUCCUCUUUGUUGUUUUUCUGCCUUCAGGUGUGUCGCUCUAGCUGUAUGGUCUUAGCUGUCACUUCUUUUGCCUUGUUUUUGGAAAAGAGGGAGUUCGGGUCUUAGGACACACACUCAACCCCAAGCCAUCUCUCUCCCUUGAAAGCUGGCACAGCUGUGGGGAAGAGAUCAGGAAAGCUAAAGAGAGUUGCUAAGCAGGGGGUACAAAGUACAAUGGCCUAAUAUCAGAAGCAAAUCCUCCCACAGAGGGGAUGUAUUUAAAUCAAGACAGUUUAUGUCAUCAAGAAAACAAAGGUCAGUUUAGGAGAAAUGGCCGUAGAGGAAUCCCAACCCCUGGCAGGCUCUAGAGAGCGAGGAGAUUGGCAGCUACCUGCUGAACAACAUUCUGACACAGACAACUACCUAAGGUAAAUGUUUCCAUAACCUUAUGGAGAGGAAGGACUUUGAAGCAUGGCUUGAUCAUCUUUCUGUGUCGUUCCUCUCUCUGACGGACUUGCAGAAGAAUGACGCACUGGACCACCUGAUUGGCUUGAGUGGGGCCGUCCAGCUCAGGUAUCUUUCCAACAACCUAGAGACCCUCCUCAAACGGGACUUCUUCAAACUCCUCCCGCUGGAACUCAGUUUCUAUUUGUUGAAAUGGCUCGACCCUCAGACCUUACUCACGUGUUGCCUCGUCUCUAAGCAGUGGAACAAGGUCAUAAGUGCCUGCACGGAAGUAUGGCAGACGGCCUGUAAAAACCUGGGCUGGCAGAUCGACGACUCUGUCCAGAAUGCUUUGCAUUGGAAGAAGGUCUACCUGAAGGCCAUCUUAAGGAUGAAGCAGCUGAAGGACCACGAAGCCUUUGAGACUUCCUCGCUGAUUGGACACAGUGCCAGGGUGUAUGCACUUUACUAUAAGGACGGGCUGCUUUGUACAGGUUCGGACGACUUGUCUGCUAAGCUGUGGGACGUGAGCACAGGGCAGUGCAUCUACGGGAUCCAGACACACACCUGCGCGGCGGUGAAGUUUGAUGAGCAGAAGCUUGUCACGGGCUCCUUCGACAACACGGUGGCCUGCUGGGAGUGGAGUUCAGGAGCCAAGACGCAGCAUUUCAGAGGCCACACGGGAGCAGUCUUUAGUGUGGAUUACAAUGAUGAGCUGGACAUCCUGGUCAGUGGCUCAGCGGAUUUCACUGUGAAAGUCUGGGCUUUGUCGACAGGAGUGUGUCUUAAUACACUGACCGGACACACCGAGUGGGUCACAAAGGUGGUCUUGCAGAAAUGCGAAGUCAAAUCCCUCAUGCACAGUCCCGGAGAUUACAUCCUUUUAAGUGCAGAUAAGUACGAGAUCAAGAUCUGGCCAAUCGGAAGAGAGAUCAACUGCAGGUGCUUGAAAACCCUGACCGUGUCGGAAGACCGCAGCAUCUCCCUGCAGCCGCGGCUCCACUUUGACGGGAAAUACAUUGUGUGCAGUUCGGCCCUCGGGUUGUACCAGUGGGAUUUCGCCAGCUAUGAUAUUCUCAGGGUUAUCAAACCGCCCGAGUUCGCAAACUUGUCCUUGCUGGGUUUCGGUGACAUCUUUGCCCUCCUGUUUGAUAACCACUACCUGUACAUCAUGGAUUUGAGGACAGAGAAACUGAUCAGCCGCUGGCCGCUGCCGGAGUACAGGAAGUCGAAACGUGGCUCCAGCUUCCUGGCGGGAGAGACGUCCUGGCUGGACGGCUUGGAUGGCCGGAACGACGCGGGCCUGGUCUUCGCCACCAGCAUGCCCGACCACAGUAUUCACCUGGUUUUGUGGAAGGAGCACGGCUGAAGUUGUGCGGCAGGCGACGCGGCGCUUUUCUAGACAAAAAACCAACCAACAGAGAGAUUUUGAGACUGCCAGCACCGAGUCAGGCGGCGAAGACCUUCUGCAUGAGCGAACCAAAACGGCACAUCUUACAGAUAACAUCAUGCAAUGCACAAUCAGUUCCCUUUUCAUUUUCUAGGGCAUUCGGGAGGAAAGGAGGAGGAGUAACAAGCCAGGGGCCGGUGGGGAGGGCUGUUUUGAGAUUCCCGCCCCCUUUCCUUUUAAACACAAUGCAUCACAGCAUGCUCACCGCCUCUGCCACGGACUCAUCCGCGUGUGCUGGUGUUCAAGCCAAGACGUUUGAGCUUCUGUCUUGACUUGCGGUUUUGGGGUUUUCUUUGCCUUUCAAAGAAAUGUGAUUCCAAAGCAGAGAUGUUGGGUCACCAGUAUCUUCCUGCUACCCACCCCCACCUUCUGCUUGAAAGAAGAAAGCAGGGAAGCAGAGGUAUUGGCCCAAUUUGCUUUUUUAAAAACAUCUUCACCAAGUGUACACAAACUGUGACAGAUCAGAUUAUUAUCAAGAGGGACCACACUGGUUAAAUCAGUUUCUUUGGGGCUGUUCGGACAUCACAUUUCCCUCCCCUUUCCGCCACCACCUCAUAUGUACACCUACACGCACACGCACACACACACUUUCCACAUUUCUUAGCACAGGGCAACUGGAAGCAGAUCUCGGCCAUCUGCACUUCCUCUCUGUCUUUUACCCGUCAAGCCUGUGACCCAUUCUUAAUUUCAUAGAGUGCGGGGGGGCGGGGGCAGGGCUGAAAGGCUCCCUCGAUGGAGUGUUGUGUCUCAAAAGGCAAAUUCUUGGGUUGGGUUGGGUUGAGAUGGUUGCCUUUGAAUAGAACUGCUGUGUGAAUAGAAGCCUCUCUCUCUGGUUACUGGUACAGUCUGGCCAUAGAGGCCCCUGUUCCUGGGACUCCUCUUCCCAAGAAAAAGCCAGCAUGGCUUUUACUCCUGAAUCGGGGGGGGGGGGGAGAGUUCCUAUAGGGAUACCAAGUAAAAAUAGCCUGGACAGGGGAGCGAGGAAGGAAGGCAACAUCCUAGCAGUAGGUGCCUGUAGUGGCUGUCUUGAGUCGGUGACCUCUACAGACACUCGGAGGCUUCUGUUUCCCCCAGCAGCGGAUUUAAAGGCUGCCGUCUUAGCCCACUCAAAACCAAAGCCCUCCAUCCUCCGAGGACAUUUCUUGAUGCAUUUCGAGAGCGAAGGGCAAAGCCGAGGUUGUGCCAAACCCCUGGCAAAUUCUCCGUUUUAAACCCAGCUGAAGGAAUGUGAGGUUUAAAAGAAACCGAGAGAUGGCAGCGAAGCGUAGGGGGGCAGGGAAGGGGUGGGGUGGGGGGCCUCCUGUCUCUCCACAUGCCCCACUGUGCUUCUCACAAGAGAGCUGGGUCCGAGGCAGCAAUCUUCUUCUGGUGCGUGCUAUCAAAGUUUACACGACAAUAUGAAUAAAACCGUCUGCCUGGUUUAACCUUCA